AUGGCCGAUAGACCCGCACACCGAGGUGGAAGAGGAGGAGGAGGUUCUCGUGGUGGACGAGGCGGCGGCCGUGGUGGCAGGGACGGUGGUCGCGAUGGCGGCGACAAGGGCGAGAAGCCGAAGAAGGAGAACAUCCUCGACUUGGCCAAGUACAUGGACAAGGAGAUCACCGUCAAGUUCAAUGGCGGACGAGAAGUCACGGGUACGCUAAAGGGGUACGAUGCGCUCAUGAACCUGGUGCUGGACGAUGUGAAGGAGACUGUUCGAGACGAGGAAGGAAACGAGUCCACUCGGCCGCUGGGCCUGGUUGUCGCGCGUGGCACUCUUCUCGUCGUCAUCACUCCCGUUGAUGGCAGCGAAGAAAUCGCCAACCCUUUUGCGGCUGCAGAGGAGUAG